CACGUGUAUUGAAUCACUUAAAGGAAAUAAUAUGAUCAUCACAUUAGUACAUUUUGAUGAUCACAAUUAUAUUGUUUAAUUGGAGACAACGUGGGCAGGCAUACAAUCUAUUGCAGCAUGGUACCAGUAAAGUUUUUCUUCAGUCUUUUAUCUAUAGCGUCCGUACGGAUGGAGAUGCUUUGUCCUGCUUACUGUAUAUGUGAAGAUAGAUCUGCUAUUUGUGACGGUAGUAAUAAAACGGCAAAAUUUAGCUACAUUCCAAAAUUUCCAAGUGAUAUCACUAAAGUGAUAUUUAUCAAUAACAAUAUAUCGAACUUGUCUAGGUCGACGCUUAAGAACUUAUCGCCACUGAAAAUCUCUCAUUUAGAUUUAAAAAAUAACAAGAUCGAAUGCAUACAUAAGGAUACAUUUGCAGAUAUGAAACACUUAGUCAAACUUGAUAUUUCCGGAAACGAUCAAGUACCAAUAAAAAAUUUGCAAAAAUGUUUGCACUAUUUACCACGUACUUUACAGGAACUACUAUUGAAUCAUAUGCUAUGGCAUCCGCUCAAUAACAUGAAUACCAUGUUUGACGGCUUGAAAAAAGGCCAAAUCAAAAGAAUUGAAUUGAGUCAUAGCUAUUUAAAGCCUUUCAGCGGAAAAUGGUUUGCUGGACUAAACUCGUUAACAUAUAUAGAUAUAUCAUGGAACUCUAUUGAAGAUAAGGAUCUCAACUUCAAAGGCCUGAAUAAUUUGAAGUGGUUAAGUCUUAUAGGAAACUAUUUAAAUUAUGUCCCAGAUUUCUGUACAGGUGAUUUGUAUAAACUAGAAACACUUUUACUUUCAAAUACUAGAUUAGCCAAUCUUAUAAACCUUCAAAAUAAUACUCGCUGUCUAAGACAAUUGACAACUCUUUAUUUAAACGGAAUAGCUGUACCAAUUAUUCCCAACAAUGCAUUCUCCGAAUUGAAAUCUCUUAAAGUUUUGGAAAUGACAAAGAUGUCAACGCAACUGAAAAAGAUUCUACCAUUGGCGUUCAACAGUUCAUCACUAUCAAGCUUAUCAUUUUCAAAAAGUGAUAGAUUUAUUUUUUGUAAAACAGGUGUUCAAAAGGAGUAUUUUAAGCCAAAAACGUUAUUUAAAUUCUGUCCGGGUUUAACGAUGUUGGACCUGUCUCAUAACUUUAUAGAAUUUACAAACCAAGACAUCAGAGACAUGUUUUCACCCUUAAUCAACUUAAAAGAAAUCAAACUUCAAUAUCUAGACCUAGUAAUGAUGCCUAGACAUUUUUUUCAUCAAUUUCCGCGCAUACAGAGGAUCUAUCUAGAUCACAACAUAAUUCUUCCAUGGAGCAGCAAUGGUGAGGAGAUAUUUAACGGUUUAACAAACCUUACGGAACUUCAUAUAUCGUCUAAUAGAAUUGGCUACUUUAGCUCUAGAUCUUUUCCUGAAAAUAUAUUGAAAACUUUAAAGUUAAUAGAUCUGACUGGGAACCAGUUUUCUUGCACGUGCAAACUUACAUGGUUCAAACAUUGGAUGCAGAAUACUAAAGUUAAACUCUUGAACGAAACUAUUUAUAAAUGUGAUGACCGCACAAAGCUCCAGGAUUACAACCCAACAUAUAUUGCUUGUUCAAAUAUCAUAUUUCUUAUAACCGUCUCGGUUGGAGGCGGUGUUUGCUUUCUCCUCGCAGCUACUAUUCUUGUUUACAGUUGCAGAUGGCGUAUUCGAUUUCACAUUUAUAAAAUACUUUCUUCGUCCCAUUACUACCAGCAAAUAGAUGGCGACGAUUACAGAUAUAGCGCAUACGUUAUAUACUGUUACGAAGACUUCAAGUGGGUAAAACAUGAACUUAUACCUAAAAUGGAAGAGAAUCAUGGAUUACAUCUCUGUAUACCUCACAGAGAUUUCGAACUUGGAAAAGUAUUUGCUGACAAUAUUGUAGAACAUAUGAAUAUAAGUAAGACAGUUAUUACGGUUCUGUCAAAUAAUUUUGCGAAAAAUGAAUGGUGCUUAUUCCAGCUUGCUGUAGCUCGUAGUAAAUUGUCAAAAGAUGGGACGUUUUCUAUUUUUCCUGUUAUGCUUGAAGAAAUCGAUUUUAAAAACAUGAAUUCAUCCUUAUAUUCAUUAAUUAAAUUGUCUAGUUAUGCUGCCUGGAACUUUGAUGAAAGAGGAGUAGAACUGUUCUGGGAACAAGUUAUAAACCAUGUACAAUAGAUACAAAUAUCACAUCGAAAUUAUUUAUUACAAAUAGUUGACUAAACCUCCAUGUUUGGUUUAUACUUCUUGCAUUUGGCUUUUUUUUUAGUUUAACAUGUAAAAACACAUCCAAAGUCGCUGCAUAUUGAUGUAUAAUUGUAAUUUGAUAUUUUUUUAUGAAAUAGUUUAUA